AUGCCCAGUCCAACGAGGGACUCGUUCCCUUCCCUCGCACCACCCAUGACCACCCAGCUGCAUCCCCCACCCUCGCCGCGAACCCACCGAACACUGCGCAAGCUACAGUCUGCACACAACCUCGGCGCUGCUGCUAGGAUCACCAGCCAGCCUCAAUUGUCUAAUCUGUCUUCCCAGCUCAGACUGCAUGACAUGCACUCGAGAGAUGUCUCACCAACCCGGCGCCAGGCCCUCAACCGAUCUCCCCAGAGGCACAGGGCCAACUCGGAUGCCACUCCCCAGCACCUCCUAGGUGCCAGCUCGUCCAUAUCCCUCGCCAGCAAGCGAACCGCGCUCAGCAGAACUUCGGCAGCCGCGGAUACCAUGUCUUUGGACCGCUUGAUCAGAGAGGGCCCUCCCGACGGCGAUCUGGGUGGCGCUCUGGAGAGCAUGCGCAUCAAAGUGCUAGACCAGGGGAUCAAGAGUGAUAGCGACGGCAUGUCUAUGAGUCGUAUAUAUGCCUGGCUGAUAUUUCUCAACGCGCCCAUCCUCCCAACCGACUCAUACAUCAGACUCGUACACCGUGGCGCCUCGCCGGCCUAUUCCAAGAUCCGCAACGACACCUUCCGUACCUUGACAACCGACCCUCUCUUUCGCCGCCGUGUCAGCGAGGCUAGCCUCAUCCGAUUGCUCAAUGCCAUUGCCUGGCAGUUACACGAUACGAACGAAGAGCGUCGCCCCUCCAGCAGUAGACAGUCGCUCCCUGCCAGCAGCGGUGCCAGUCCUUCCCGGAGCGACCUGUCGCAAGGGAUGGCCUCUUCGCCGGCCGCUAAAAACCGCGCUCGGGCUCUUACCCUCACGACGGAAGGAUCGGAAGCUAACGCGUCAGAGCCUGGAACAUACGUGCAGGGCAUGAACGUGUUGGCCGCGCCUCUCCUCUACGCCGCUCGAAGCGAGGCCGAAGCUUUUGCUGCAUUCCAGCAGCUCGUGAUCAAGGAGUGUCCAGGGUAUAUUAGAGGUGCAAUGGACGGAGUUCAUCGGGGUCUGGCACUGGUCGACAAAGCGCUGGCCAUCGUGGACCCCAAGUUGAGCUUGUAUUUGACCAGCAAGGGACUGACCGCUGAGAUCUACGCCUUCCCUUCCGUCCUCACCCUAUGCGCAUGCACGCCACCUCUACCAGAGGUCUUGCGGCUCUGGGAUUUCCUUUUCGCUUAUGGACCGCAUCUGAAUAUCCUCUGCAUUGUCGCCCAGCUCGUCAUGAUGCGGAAUGAUUUGCUCGGCUCAACAAGUCCGAACAAGUUACUGCGAUCCUUCCCUCCUCUGCAUGCUGAUCAGAUCAAGCGGACCGCAUUGGCUAUCAUCAAGAUGAUCCCUGAUGACCUCCAUGAUGAGAUUGUCAACCAUUCUUUAUAA